GCUUAUAGUGUAAGAGAGGUAUGUAUUGAGUGUGUGAAAAAUAUCAACUAAGUUUACAAUGUGUGUCAGAGGCCAACCUCUCUUUCACCCCCAUCUGGGUGCCGGACUGGCUCAAUCCACACAACACACACUUCCUGUAGCAUGAGGACCUGUCAGAUAGGGCCUCCCCUCAUUACUAACCCCCAGACCACAAUGCUGUGUUGACACACAACACACUGACACUCUCGGACAUAGAAGUUAAUGGAUAGUGAUGGGGUAGGUUAGACAUACCUGUCUGGAUGUAAAUGUCAUGGAUCUCAAUCUCUGCGUCUGGCUCUGGACCAUAUUAUGCUGGGUGGAUGUUCUGGGGCAGGGGACCAGGGAUGGGGCUGUCCCUCAUCUGUCAAAGAAAGAUGUUCUGCUGUUGGCGGAUGAUGCAAAUCCAAAGUGUUUUACCAGGACACAGUAUGACUUCACCUGUUUCUGGGAGAUGCCAGACAACAAGUCUUAUGACUUCUUCUAUAGUAACGAUGAUCGGGAGGAGAAGAGGUGUAAUCUGAUUCUCCAGAGGACAGAGGAGGGGAAAGUCCUCCAUGUCUGCUCCUUCCCUCCCUCUGAGGUCUUCCUGUUCACCUUCACACACAUCAGAGUGAUGGAGGGCAGCUCCAACUACACACUAUAUGCACGCACGGUCUGCGUCGAGGACCAGGUUCUCCUGGACCCCCCUGUGAAUGUAUCCCUUCACCCGACAGGGCAGACUGGGCAGUUCCAGGUGGAGUGGCACACACCCAGAGAGUGGGAGAACAACAUGCAGUAUGGGAUACGUUACUCCUCCCAGAGCCUGAGGGAGAGAACUGAACUGAUAAAGCCAGUGAGGUCCCAAAUCCACAGCCUGGUCUCUCUGGCGCCAGGGGAGGUGGUCAGCGUCCAGCUGAGGGUCAAACCCAACGGCUACAGCGAGAAAGAGACCAGUGGUCAUUGGAGCGACUGGUCGGCCCCCAAAACUGCCAUGGUUCCUCAGAGUGCAGCUGAUAUCUCAUUGUUGUGCCACACUUCUGACCUGCAAAACAUCACCUGCCAAUGGAAUGGGCAGGCCUACAGAGAUGAUACCUACACCAUAUACUACAAGCUGGGACCCAGUGAAAGUGAGGGCUGGAGAGAGUGUAUGCAGAAUGAGAACAUCUCCUACCAUUGCAGUUUCCAUGGAGCAAAGUCCAGUGAGAUACGGGUCAAACUCAGCGCUGGUCCUGCUACUUCCAGGCGGACCUUCUACACUGAGCCUUUCAGACUCAACAACAGCAUUCAAACAGCCCCUCCUGGGAGGCUGAGGGGACAAUGGGAGAAGGGCAGGCUGUGUCUGAAAUGGGACACACCCUUAUUGGCCCUGUCUGUCCACCUGAUGUACCAGCACCGCUACCAGCCUCGAGAGGAGACUGUCUGGAAGCUGGUGAUCCUGCCGGGCCCAGAGACCAGUACCUGUCUGGACAUUCAGACUGGAGUUCAGUACUAUAUCCAGGUCAGAGCCAGACCCAACGGGUCAGUCUACGCUGGCUACUGGAGCGACUGGUCACCCCGACUCACUGUGGACACGCCCUCAGACAUAGGUGCCCUCAUCUCCUGCAUCCCUCUCAUGAUGCUCGUUGGAUCAGUCGUCUUUAUCUCCAUGUUCUCCAGGUAUCUCAGUAAGCUCAAACAGUAUCUGUGGCCACCAGUCCCAAACCUUGACAAAGUACUCCACGGCUUCCUGACAGAUAUCAACGGACAGACUUGGGACCCUCCCUUCAACAUCAAGCAGUGUUCAGAGGAGACCUCAGCUUGUGUCGUGGAGAUCAUGUCUGAGAGGGAGGCUCCAGGCAGAGGGAUGCUUCCUUUACUACUCUCCCCAGAGCAAGGCACUUCAGGCGGGGAGGAGGAGAGCCUGCCUACCCUGGUCCUGGAGGUCAGUCCGGACUACGUGACCCUGACCACAGAUGACGUCAUCCCCCGUCUCGGAGGGAACGAGUACGUGUACGAUGGGGAGGUGGGGGCGGAGUCUCAGAGCCUGGGGGUGGGGGGAGAGGAGGUGCUCCAGGUGAGGUGUCACUGCUCCUUUACUAGGUCCUCCAGCUUCCCAUCAUCCUCCAGUACCACGGACAUCCUCAACCACUCCUACCUACUGCUGGCCGAGCACCCCAUUAAGAGACUGGACUAUCCAGGGCAGCAGGGCGCCCCCCAGGGCAGCAGGGUCUAUGUCAACCUGGAGGACACAAGUUCAGCAAACACAAAUGCCUGAUUGGCACUCUGGCACAGCACAACACAACAAGGGCACUCAAAUUCAUGAAAAAGACAUGGGGAAAAAUAAAUGAAGCCAAGUACAAAAUACAAGAGGGAGGCUUUAAAUAUCAAAUGUGCUAUUCUCAAAACAAGGAUGUAUUUAACUUUGCACAAAGCUGGAUGAAAUAUCUUUACGUGUCUAGGAAAAAUGUAAGACACAGCUCAAGUGUGCUUGUGGAUAUAAAAGGGGCUUCAGAAUGGACAGUUACAAAACAUCAACACAAUAUCCAUUACAUCACUAAUAAAACAGGUCAUUGAAUAUGUCAUUCAUUUGUAGCAUGUACAGUACAUUGUAAAAAGGUGUGACUAUUAUUAUAGAUUUAGUUUGGGUUUUGUGGGAUAACAUGCCAGGUGUACCCAAAUCUGGAUGAACCGAGAGGGACUUUGAUAUUUUCCUUGGACAUACUAUAAAUAUGUAUCUAUUUUUCUUGUCUUAUGCCUGGCUGUACAGUAUAUGUCUGUCGUUAUCUUUUCACCCUACAAACGAUGCUUUAUUCAUUCUAGCCAUGUCUGGAAAGCCAUACCUGUGCGAGUAACGUGUUCAAGUAAUGUACAUGAAGAAUGGAAAAGUAAACCUGCAAGUAUUGUUCAAUAUCUUUAUGACAUUUGUAUAUUCAAACAAAAAAGAAUACAGAAAAUCAUAAAACAAACAAAGAGCAACAUUAAAAUGUUUGAAUAAGGAUAAAUGAGGAAAGUCAAAUGGCUAACUCUGAUGAGGAACUCUAGUUCUCCCAUCAACACAAUGUAUUAAUGGCAGAUCUAAAUAUCCUUCCAAUAGUUUCUAACAAGGGUAAUUUUCAGCAAACACACACAAAACCAAGUAUGUCAUGAUCUCUUGUGUGCUUGGAUUAGAACAGAAUUCCAUAGUAAAAUACGAUGCCGUUUCCCUUUCAAAUGCUUCCAAAAACGAAUGGUGCUGACAACAAUGACCACAUUGAAAAGCAUUCGUAAAAUAAAUAUUAAAAACAUAGGAUCCGUGUCCUAAAAAAAACAACCUCUGCCUCUCAGAAGACAGCAUCAAACCAAACUGUGAGCCUCUAAAAGAGCCACCAAAUCACCUUGUAUAUAUGGUCAGAUUCAUUGACAAUGUAAGGGGUGUCUGUGGGAUUCAUGUUCCCAGUCCUGAGUGGUACAGUAGUAUUGGCUGUGGUCAAGGGCAGGCAUGGGACUACAGUGCCUUGCGAAAGUAUUCGGCCCCCUUGAACUUUGCGACCUUUUGCCACAUUUCAGGCUUCAAACAUAAAGAUAUAAAACUGUAUUUUUUUUGUGAAGAAUCAACAACAAGUGGGACACAAUCAUGAAGUGGAACGACAUUUAUUGGAUAUUUCAAACUUUUUUAACAAAUCAAAAACUGAAAAAUUGGGCAUGCAAAAUUAUUCAGCCCCCUUAAGUUAAUACUUUGUAGCGCCACCUUUUGCUGCGAUUACAGCUGUAAGUCGCUUGGGGUAUGUCUCUAUCAGUUUUGCACAUCGAGAGACUGACACUUUUUCCCAUUGCUCCUUGCAAAACAGCUCGAGCUCAGUGAGGUUGGAUGGAGAGCAUUUGUGAACAGCAGUUUUCAGUUCUUUCCACAGAUUCUCGAUUGGAUUCAGGUCUGGACUUUGACUUGGCCAUUCUAACACCUGGAUAUGUGUCACGAAUAUUACCGAAGGUGACUCCCCUUCUUGUUCGGGUGGCGCUCGGCGGUCGUCGUCGCCGGUCUACUAGCUAUCACCGAUCCGUUGUUCUGUGUUCCUUUGGUUUUGUCUGAUUGGUAUCACCUGUUUCUUGUUUGGUUGUUAGGGUGGGGUUAUAUAUAGUUUGUUCAGCCCGCUUCUGUUUCGUGCGGGCUAGUUCGUCUGUUCUGUGUUUGAGUGUAUUUUGUUUGUAUUUUGGGUUUUGCGCUGUCCGUUAUUAUUUCUGAUCAUCUGUUUUCCUACUUUUGUUCAUGUUAUUUCUCCUGGACAUUAAAACGUGUUUUUCCCACA